ACACAAGCUGCACUGCUGUAGAAAUGCUAAGUACAAAUGGCAACCUGGGACUUUCAAGUUAGGAUAAAGUUUGUUUUCUCACUUCAAGAAAUCUCUUACUUGGUGAUACUCUGCAGUGUCAAGAGUAAAGAGUUUUGAAUCGCUUGCAUAUUUGGAAGGCGGAACUAUUUUGUUAAGCUUCGCGGGGAAGGAUUUUCAUAUCGGACCAGGUUACUGCUUACAUUUUGUCUGAAUAGGAACUACACUGCAGGUGGAGGGAUGAGUCUCUCCCCUGUGAUUAGCGCAGAAGUGCCAGAAACCGCCAACGGGGUUGUGACACCUGUUCCUUCUGAGAACGGCCCUCAUGUCCCGGUCUCAGUUAAACAUGGUGGGAGCAGAGUGUCCUGUUCUGGAGAAGUCUUCGAGGACAGAGCCCUUGGACACACAGAGAACCAUGUAGAAGUGGAAAACAGAGUUUAUGAUGGCGAAGGCCACUUGGAGACAAAGAUGUACAAUAAUGAGAGAGUCAUCUUAUCAUCACAGACCUCGCAUGUGACAGGCCCCUCCCUACCUGCUGCAACAGGUACAGGCAACUCAGAAUCAGACUCCAAAGACACACACAAUCCUGAGGCUUCUAACACUGUUGAGCUUACUGGGGCAGCUCUGUUGCGGGACUCAGCACAGCAAGGACACUCCAAACACUCAUCUCAGCGAGGAAUCUCAGCUACCACAUACAGACAGCAAACAGAGGCAGAGACCAUAGUUGGAGGCACUGACAGUCAAGAGGAAGAGGUGGAGGAGGAGGAGGAGGAGGAAGAUGGAGAGAAGGAGAAACAAGAUGAGGAGGAUGAUGAAAAGAAUGAAAAAAAGUGGAUUUAUCAGCAUGCAGGAGGGAGAACAGAAGUGAAGUCUUCACAACAUUACUCCUCCUCAGCUCCUUGUCCCAGCACCUCGUCCUCUUCCUCUCCUCCCCCUACUUCUCUGCCCUCAGAUGAUGUCCCCUGCCCUCCACACGUUAUGGCCCAGGUCUGGGUACGCAACGUCAGGGGGAUGCAGGACAGCAAAAGCCUGGACGAAAUCAGCCAGGCAUGUGGAGGUGGCUCGGGGGCCCGGGGAGGCGGCAGAGGUGGCCAGUCAGAGGGCAGACGGGCCACAAUCUCCUCGGCACUGGAGCUAGAAGGGACGGUCAGCCAUGAAGGGGACCUGACCAACUUCAUUACCAAGAACCUGGAGCAGAAAAUCAAGAUGAGCUCCAAGCCAAGCUUGGACUGCAGUGACUCGGAUUGUUCAGGUCCUAUCUACAGAAGCCGAGGUUUGACAAGGAGACCAGCAGAUAUCCCUCCCAUUGAUCCCACUGUCUUAUUGGACCUUCAGAAACACACACAGGAAGUGGCACACAAUGUAGAGAUGAUGAUGCGGAGCCUCAAUGGAACCAUCCAGAAUAUGACAGCUCUGAGUGUGGGCUACAUCCAGACCUACAGAGACUCAGUUGACAGCCUGGGAGAGUCUGUGGACAUGAGUAUAAAGGGCAUGUACACGCUGAUGGCUCGCUGCGAGGAGCUGGACCGUUCGAUGCAACCCAUACACACCCUGGCCGCACAGAUCCGUGACAUCAAACGCACCCUGGACGCUCUGGAGGCGAUUUGCAAGUAACCCUGCCGCUCCUGUACAAAUGCGCAUCCCAGCUGCAAAGAUCAUCAGGUACAUGAGUGAACAAGGCUAUCUGCAAGUAAACGCACCUUUUCGCAGGUAGCACACACACAUUGCAGUGAGGAGUAAGUGCACCUCUGGAUUCCUGGAAUCAUUGCUAAUAGGCAUGCUGGAUGAUUGGCACUCAUAGUCCCUCCGCUUGUUCAUCAUUUGAAGAUGAUCAUGUUUGUGUUGUGAGAUUGUAAUUGAGUCGGACUUAAUUUGCUCUCUCAGCUGAGCUUUCUUCUACUUCUUCCUUUUUUGUUAAAGCAACCUCACUUCCUCUAAUGAAAUUGAUGAAACUGCAUCUCACAAUAUAACCCCCUUUGGAGACAUAGUCAUGUGCUCUGAAUGCACACACACACACACACACACAUGACAACAGACCUCUGAAGACGUGGGUGGGUGCCUCCAAGAUAAAGUCCGAGGACAACCAGUGUAUUAUUGUCCGUCCAGGCCACUUGGUUCCGAUUGCACUAACCUUUCCUCCCCACAUGGGGGCGAUGUUUCUCUCUCUGGCUCUCUCUUUGCUCAUGGAGAGGCCAGUGCGAACUGCUCAGAAGACAGUGACUUUUGCACAGGAACAGAAAGUCUAUUUUUUAAUCUUAUGCAACAAAGAUCACUGCAAGCUAAAUGAGGGGCAGGGAGCAACAUGUCGCUGUGUCUUUUUAUAUUUUUAUUUAUUAAGUUUUGUCAGCAUGUUUGCUUUUUUUUUCAACUGCCCUGCUUCUCUGUGUCAGUGGAAGCUGACCAGUCCAGCCACUGAACAGCCCCACUGCAGCAUUUGGAGUCUAAGCUCAAAUGCAGCAGGAGGUUAGUUGGGGAAGGUAAUGAAAGUGUUUUCAUUUUUCUACUCAGAAUCUCUCAGACUGACCGUCAGUUUAAACCUUUAAAUCACAGGUGUGCAUCUACUAAAAUCUCAUCUAAACUCUCACUUUGCUUCUCUGUGUUAAUGCGGUCAAAUAUAUUUUAGAGAAUAUAGCUGGAAAAAUAUCCUGUGUAGCCUGCACAGUGGCUUCAAAGAUUUGAGAAGCAUCAGAUACUUCUGAUCUGACUUUUAAAUGUCAUCAUAAGUGACAAUACUUCUUGUGGCAGACAGAUUUAGUCAACCUGUGGAGAUUUAUGACAUCUGAAACCAGGCAUGCGAGUAGCUAUUAAACGGCUCUGAGUGUCUUUAAUUGAAUUGUGUUGUUUCCGUUUUGAUUCAGCCAGUUUAAAGAAAUUAAAUAUGUAUCAGAGGAGCUCAAUUCUGAAUCCAUAAAAUUCCUUGCAACAAAACUCUACUUUUGUUUUGCUUUGACGACAUUCUGAAAAAAAAAUCCUGGAAAUUCAGUUUGCCACUGAUUUGCGUUUCGGAGAAAUGACAAAAAAAAUCCGUGAAAUUGCUGUGCAGCAUGUCCUCAAUUUUGAUUUCUUUAAAACGGAGAAAUUGGACACUUUGUUUCAACAAUGGAGAAUUAAAUCUGGGAAACAGCACCGGUCUCCGAUGGGACGCAGCCUUUGGAUGUGAACGCAGACUAUCACAUUUAAUUGCAUACAAAGUGAGUAUUUAAUAAUUUACUCAACGAUAGAAAACAGUGAAUGUCUGCAGCGUCGCCUGACUUGCCUGUUACUUUACCAAGCUGAAGCCAUUAUACAAGCAUUAUACCCGAUUAAAUGAAGAGACUUGUGGUACUUCUGUCAUUGCACUGGUGGAUAGCCUUGUAGUAGAUCAUCGUACAUGUAUCUAUUACUAAUGGCAGGCAAUAUGUAAUGUUUGAGUAGUGUCAGUGUUGUGAUGAAUUUCUUGAAUUAGACACUUAAGACUUGUCCAACACUCUUAUUGUGCAAUUUUAUUUCCCUAAACCAACUAAAGAAGUGGAUUUCUUCUACAGCAAUACUGCAAGCAAAGUAAAUGCAUAUUUUUAACUCUUGGAUCUGCAUUGUCUCUGCACCUGUUUGCGUGUAUUCACCAUUAUGAGAGAAAAUCAUGUUAUUGGCUUCACAAAAAGCUCGGACUGCAGCCAGUAUAAGAUCUGCUUUGUCUCACUGUCCCCUUCCUCGAGCUUGUUAGCAAAGGUUUGUGCAAAUUGUUGGGAGUAAAAUUCAAAGAGGAUUAGUGAGUGUCAUUAAAAAAGCUGAUAAUAGAGAAUAUUAGGAUUCUGGGGCCCUUUGAUAAUACUGAAAUGUACUCAAACAUGUCUGAGUUUGUAAAGAAGUAAAUGUUUUUUUGCAGAUGAAGGUGAAAAUGUCCAGAGAGUGGACAGUAGAUUUUUCAAGGUGAGAAGGGAGAAAGGAGUGGAAAUGUCAUUUUCUUGUUCAUGAUAUAAAUAAAUGUGUGAUGGAUGAAUUUUCUGUACAAUCAGAUGCACCUGUGUACAUAUGAUCUCUUUCUGUAACUAAAAAUGAUUUAGAUACCCUUCGUCUUGAGUGUAUAUUUUAAUGAAAAAAAACAAACAAAUAAAUUUACAUGAGCUGCAAAACA